CUGUGGGUCCGUGCAUACUCUCUUUUGAGGCCCAUUCGCUGUUGUCCGUCAUGAGUCAGAAAAAACCCAUGGUCGCAACGGGUUUCGUAAUGAAUUUUCACUCUCGAUAGAAAAAAACCGUAAAAAUAGAGAAAACAUCCGUGGUUCUGUGCUUUUAUCCCGUAAAACUCCCACAAGAAUGGAUGAAAUAUCGACGAAACAAGUUCACCGGUUGUGCAGAAAGCAUCCACCAAAUAAACGAAUACGGAUGUGAUCAUAUUCAAUGAUUGUCGUUAGUCGUGAGCAUUAUUUUUCAUGGUUAUCACUCUUAUAUAUUAUUCGAUACUGUGAAAAUUUUUUGCAUACACCCACAAGUCUUCGGGAGUAAAUACUUUUCUCAUAUACGCUGCACGACAAAUUUCGCAAUUCUUUUUUUGUCACACAGUCAAUGUGGAUUAGUUUUUUUGUGUUUAUUUCAUCGAAUCUGUCCGACGGUGAAUAAACUCCACGACGAUAUUCUUUCCCGAUUGCCCUCAAGGAUUCAAAAGUAUUUCUGUGAUAUCAAGAAGAUAAACGAUUGUACGAUGGAUCUUGGAAGGAAUAGGCCGAGCAGGCCACGUCUUCGUUCACAUGGCAACUCGGCUCGUGUUCUCGUGUUUGAUCAGACUGAAAAUGAGGAUAACAGUGGCAAUACUCAUGAAGAAAAGAAGCAGCAAUUGCCAGGGAGACUCGACAGCAAAGAGGCACCAGUUCGUGCUGGGGGUACCAAUGAGUUAUCAAACUUGGUGAGAAUGAGGAAUUCGAUUGGAAAAUCCGCACCGUCCUUAUCUAUGCAUAUGCGUGAAUUCAAUAUUCCUCGUCGUGCAGCCAAGGCAGCUCAACGCAAAUCGUUCAUCGCCACAACCUCACCCACAUUACCACGAUGUCACUCACCAUUGUCAGCAUUUGUGCCCAUCGUAGGAAGUCCACUCGAGAGCCCAAGGAUGUCUUCAAGUCCUCACUUUGCUUUUGCUCCAAUAAAAAGAAUCGGAGGUGGAGCAUCCGGUACUGCCGAUGGAAGACGUUGGUCGGUAGCAAGUCUUCCUUCGAGUGGAUAUGGCACAACCCCAGGCUCCAGCAAUGUCUCCUCCCAGUGCUCGAGCCAAGAGCGGCUGCAUCAGUUGCCAAACAUUCCGACUAAGGACGAGCUUAGAAUACUCUCCUGUCAUUUUUCUAAACCUGGCACCCCGUGCUCAUCGCAUCCGGGCUUCCCAGGCUCUAGUAUCUCCAGUAUACCUGGCAGUAUAUCAUUUAGUCUUGAGGAAGAAGGUCGGAGGUCACCAUUGCAUCGACCAAGAUCACGGAGUUUAAGUAGUCCAAGUCGUUCUCCAGUUCUCGACAAUGAAAUUGUGAUGAUGAAUACUCUCUACAAAGAACGCUUCCCUAAAGCAACUCAGCAGAUGGAGGAGCGUCUGACAAAUUUCAUAAACGAAAACAAAGAUAUUGAUGAGUACGAGGUUCUCUCCCACCUCGUGGGUGAUUGUUUACCAAUAGUCCGAUUUGUGCAUCAUCAAAUUAUUGAAAUGGCUCGUGAUUGUCUGCAAAAAUCACAAGAAAAAUUGAUAGCAUCGCGGUAUUUCUACGAGAUGACUGAGAGCCUUGAGCAUUUGUUGAUGGAGACGAAGGACAAGUCCCUGGAGGCAGCUACUCAGUUGACGGGUCUAAUAAAAAAAUUGUUACUGAUAAUUUCACGGCCUGCUCGUCUCCUCGAGUGCCUUGAGUUCGAUCCAGAGGAGUUUUACCAUCUCCUGGAGCAGGCAGAGGGCCAGGCGAAAAUCAACAAUGGGUUGAAAGCUGACAUUCCCCAGUACAUCAUUAGUAAACUCUCCCUCAAUCGAGACCCCAUAUCAGACCUCCAAGAAGAUCUGAAUAAACUGGAGGACUCAGCGAGCUCAGCCUCGAAAAACGUGCAGAUGUCCUCGAGUCCUAAUAAGGAAGACGACGGAAAAUGCCAAAAGGUGCCCUGCGAGAGUGAUUACGAAGUGCUUAAGCUCGUCAGUAAUGGGGCCUACGGCGCAGUGUACUUGGUCAAAGAGAAAAGCACUCGUCAGCGUUUUGCCAUGAAGAAAAUCAACAAGAACAAUCUCAUGCUGAGAAAUCAGGUGGAUCAGGUGUUUGCAGAACGUGAUAUCAUGAGUUUCACAGACAAUCCUUUCGUUGUCUCUAUGUACUGCAGCUUCGAGACGAAGAAGCAUCUGUGUCUCGUGAUGGAGUAUGUGGAAGGUGGUGAUUGUGCCAGUCUACUGAAAAACAUUGGCCCCCUUCCUCCGGAUAUGGCGAGGUUCUACUUCGCUGAGACUGUCCUUGCUGUUGAAUACCUCCACAGCUAUGGGAUCGUCCACAGAGAUCUCAAGCCAGACAAUCUCUUGAUCACUGCAUUGGGACACAUCAAACUCACUGACUUCGGUCUCAGCAAAAUGGGUUUAAUGUCCCUGGCUACGAAUUUAUAUGAGGGUUACAUUGAUCGUGACACUCGUCAGUUCUCAGAUAAGCAGGUGUUUGGCACACCUGAGUACAUCGCCCCAGAGGUAAUUCUAAGGCAAGGAUAUGGAAAGCCUGUGGACUGGUGGUCCAUGGGAAUAAUACUUUACGAAUUCCUGAUCGGUUGUGUACCAUUUUUCGGAGACACUCCCGAGGAGUUGUUUGCGCACACUGUUAACGAUGAUAUUGAGUGGCCCGAUGAAGAGGACUGGCCCGUCCAACUCGAGGCAAAGGACAUAAUCACUGCUCUUCUCCAGCAGAGUGCCAGGGAACGACUGGGAACUGGUGGGGCUCACGAAGUCAAAGAGCACCUUUAUUUCUAUGGAGUCAACUGGAAUACUCUUUUGAGGCAGAAGGCUGAAUUUGUUCCUCAGCUGACGCACGACGAGGACACUAGUUAUUUUGACACGAGAAUGGACAGAUAUAAUCAUGAUCUUGGGGAGGACACUGAUGACACUGAUGACUCACCACUGUUUGGAAGUUUCUCGUCUUAUUCACCGCAGUCGAGAAAAAUUUCCCAAACAAGGCCACCUAAUUUGAUGCAGGAUAGUGAGCUAGAUUCCUCGAAAAAGCAAUUAUUCAAGAGUGAUAAUGACAGAAGUGUCUCACAGUUAUCACCAAACUCAUCGAAUUCAUUUUCACCACCUCUCAGGGCUCUUGAGAAAGACGGGCAGGAGAAGAACCGAGCUUUAUUCACAAGCAAAAAUAUAUCGCAUAAUGAUACACUUGAUAAGAGUGGAUCAGAUGUGUCUUCUAAUAGUCCCGGCUCUAUGAUGAGUGGAGAAUCCAAGGGAACUAUCAAAAAUUCUGGGGGCACUGUGGGAGUCAUUGGGAUGAGCACCCCUGAAUCAUCCCAGACGGAAUCCGAUGAUAUUAGUCCGCAGAUACAGAGGAAACGGCAUGUUCAUGCACGUGACAAGCUGCCCAGGUUCAGUAUUUCCAUUGAUGGUGAUCACACAUUGGAUUUGGGAACUGCAAAUAGAGAAAUAUCUGACGAUAAACACAAUUCCAGCACGGAUUCCUAUGAGUCUUUAAAUGCAACACCACUACCACUUUACGUUAAACAGAAGGCUCGUUCAGUCAUAAAAUCAGCAUCGACAAGUGGACUUUCGCUGGUUAUACCAACAAAUGAAUUCUCCUUCGAUCCGUCGAUGUGCCAAUCGAUAGAAUCACCAGGGGGCUCAUCGACCGCCUCUUCAAGGGAUACAUCGCCAUGUCGUGAGUUGAGUCCACUGGUUACGAGCCUAAAGCCACCGACUAUCAUCCGAAGGGGACCCAAUGGCUUCGGUUUCACGGUUCAUACAAUUAGGGUUUAUUAUGGGGACAGUGAUUUUUAUACAAUGCAUCACUUAGUAAUGGCGGUGGAUCAAUCGAGUCCUGCGUUCGAGGCUGGUCUCAGGCCAGGUGAUUUGAUAACUCACAUAAAUGGCGAGCCAGUCCAAGGUCUUUAUCACACCCAGGUACUUCAAUUGAUGCUGAGUGGUGGUGAUCAUGUCACUAUUCGUAGUACACCCCUCGAAAAUACAAGUAUCAAGACUGGUGGUCGUAAGCGAGAGCUUGCACAAAGUAGAAUGGCCAAACGAACAUUGCACAGACAGAGAAAGCAGAAACGGGAUCAUUCAGAUAAGAAGAGAAAAACAUCACUGUUCAGGAGAAUUAGUUCAAAACGGGCGAGUGUAGAAAUGCAGCAACCAUUAAGUAUCAGUUGUCCAUUGUCAGCACCCAUUCUACCCAGCGACAGCAAACCUCCACUUAUGAUGGCAGCAGGAAUUUGUUCUCCGUCCAUGGUAACACCGAGUCGUUCGUUCCAAUCGUUUACUCGGUCAUUACCACCACAACAGGAAUCCUCACCGUAUUAUGCAAGUUGUGUUGCAAAAUCAGUGUGUACUCCGUCCCCACCGACGGCAAACCGUCCUACAGCAGAUUCUUAUCACUCCGCUGGAACCUCCAGCCCGUGUUCAAGUCCAAGCUCAUCGUCCCCUGGUUCAAGUACUUCAGUUGGUAACAUAAGUAAUCUCUCGAAUCAGUCGCACUAUCAGCGGCCAAGUACUCUUCACGGUCUCAAGCACAAAUUGCAUACAACCGCCAAGAACAUACACUCGCCUAAUCGUAGAAAAUCAGUGGGUCAUAUUCCAUUAUCACCGUUGGCGAGAACUCCAAGUCCUUCACCUAUUCCAGCCAGCCCCACUAGGAGUCCAAGUCCUUUGGCUUUUCCCACAGGACAUCAACCGGGCAGCUCUAACACCACGCAGUCAUACAGCCCAGGAGUAUCUUUAUCUACUCCAGCGAGUCAAAAGAAAACGUAUGGUCGUCCAAAAUCCGCCGAACCUGGUUCACCUCUUCUCCGUCGUGCCCUGAGUCCCGAUCGGUUGCAUCCCCGCUCCGCUGAAAAUAAAACUUCGAUUUCACCCCUGGCGAACAGCGUCGUCCGAGUAACACCGCGUGUCACAAUCGCCCAAACAUCUCAUCCUGAGUCAGCCGAGGAUACUCCACCGGAAACAGCAUCCAAAGAUCCUCACGAACCCAAAACAGACGGCAAAAAAACAGCAGAGCAAAAGCCAACCGAAUACUCAAAGCUGUCUCACGGUAUUUCAAUAACUAUUCCAAGUGUGGGCCUCUCCAAUUCUUGUGGCCCCACUCAACUCCCCCGAAUCGCCGAGGAGAAGGACUCCCCUACAGGAGCAAGAGGCGAAGACUGCCCCAAGGAAACCGAUAAAACUCUUUCCUCCCCUCUCGAUAAAUACGAAGAAGCUAAAGACAGAUCUACACCGGAGACCAGUGGCUCCUCAGACUCCACAACAACAGUGAUUCCUGUCUCGAACAAAUCAUCCCUGAAAGUCACAGCUCGUCCAGAACCGGAGGGACAGUCCUCAAAAGUUGACUCAAAAUUGGGUACAAAGGGUAAAAUAAUGGAUCAAAGCCCGGAGACUCGAAAGAUCCUUAAGCGUUACAAAGUCGACAGCCCAGACACUCCAUCAUUCUCCAAAGUUGAGAGAUCUACAUCACUUGAUGAUAAAAAGAAUAAAUAGUGUUUACAGCGUAUCGUCGUUGUCUCGCGCUUCUUCAACGCUCGGAAGAAAAAAUCAUUGCCCUCUGAUACCCCAAGGAAUUAAGUUGAAGCUUCUCCAGCAGCUCAUCUCUUUCUCUAUCGCCCCCCCCCCUUCCUCUCUCCCCCCCCAUCACCAAUGUAUUUAUUUUUUUAGGACAAGCAAUACAGCUCGUCGAUUGAACAGGUUGAAGGAAAUGUAAAUAAUCAUUGACAUGAAUGAAAAUCCCCGAUGAAAUUAAACAGAAACUGCAUUCCAAAAGACCAAUUGGAGUUCACGAGCACAUUGUCUAUUUUCUCUCGAUUUUUUAAAAACUGCAAUCACUGUAUAUACGUUAUAUGAUUACGACUGAAUGAAGCAUCAUCGUUGGCAGUAUUUUUGUCGAUCUCAUUACCUUGUUUUUUUCAACUUCAUUUUUCCAUCGUGUCUUUUCCAUUUAUGUUACUGAUGGUUGGCGAAAUUUUGGAAUUUUUUUUUGGCAGUAUCAUAGAGUUUCCAUGAUCGAGGACAGUUAUUAGCCAAGAAUGCAGUUUUUUAUUGAUACUAGUUGUACAUCUAUUUAUUUGACUCAUGAAUACGGAGAAAAUGAGUUGAUUUGUUAGGCUGCAAUUUUAAUACAGCAUGUGUCUCCCGAUUCUAAUGGAAUUGAAGUCUCUUCCCGACUUUUUUGUUUGUUUUUUUUUUUAAUUAUUAUUAAGGGGGAGAGAGUUUUUGUAAAUUAUUUUGAAGGAAUAAUGAGCUCAUGGUUAGACGUACCAAUGGUCACUGCUUGAUGAUUCGCUUGCAAAUUGACUCAUUAGUGACGACUUGAUGAUUGUUCAUCGCUAUUAGAUGCUAAGAGGAUUACGAUAAAAACGUUCAAUCGGAAAAAAGUUGAAUUUUUUAAUUAAUUGGUCUUAUUGCUCACUGUCGGUGUAAGCUUUCGAUCGAUGGCUUCAGAAUUAAUCGAGUAAUGCACACAUCGAAUAUUUUGUGAAGAGAUGAUUGUCAAACGACUGCUGAUAAUCAUCUUUUAGUGGUUUUAACUUUAGAUGUUGAUGAUUAUGGAAUUAUUUGUAGUGAUACUGCAUAAGUUGGUAUUUUUUUCAUUUCCAACUCGUGAUACUUGAUGUAGAUUGUUUGAGUUUGGGAAUUCCUCGCAGAGUUCAGGUGCGAAUCACAAAUUAUAUUAAUAUGUGAAGAAUAUUUAGCAAGAUAAGCACUAGCGUAAUACGAGUAUUUUUUUUUUUUGAGAAUGACAGAAAAUAAUUCAAGAUUUAUGAAUGUAUUUUCGUAGAUAUUUCCAUUAAUUAUGGAGUUAUCUCAGAAUUUUUGUUGAUAAUUGAAAUCAACAAGAAAAGUGAAA